AUCGCCUCCUUUUUCAUGUCUAGAAAAGAUGAUGCAUCUUCCAUCCACUCUUUUUUCUCUUCAUCGCACAGCUAUUUUCUUUUUCGCAAAACCAUUUAUCGCGAUAUAUAUUUUCAUUGCUUUUUUCAUUACAUUUGCUCAAAUCACCUAUCCUCUUGCGCGCCCAAAAGCUUUUUUUUUUGUCGUCAACAAAGAAACUUUUUUUUUUGAAAGUUUAAAAACUCGAACAAAACCCAUGACUUGGCGGUGUGCGGUGGCGGCUCCCGCAAUGCGGUGAAAACAGUUUUUUUGUAAGUAAAAACAAAAGAAGAGUAAGUGUGGCUUGUCUAAUGCAUCCAUCUUUU